AUGUUUGCCCGAUCCACCUGUUCCAGAUUGGUCCUCCGAGGAGUUCUCAACAAUGGUAGAAACAAUAACAAACUAGCCACUCGGACCUUGUCCAUGGCGCCUCAAGCUUCGUCUCAAGGAGUCGUCUUGGACAAAUACAUUGCCCAGCCUACUCCUACUACUACUCAACAGCAGCAGCAGCGUUUGCCCAACGACGUGCACGAUCGCAACGAUCUCUACGAAGCCGAAGAAGAACGUUCCAUGGCAGGUGUGACGGCAUCGGUCCGUCAUGAUUGGACGAAGGAAGAGAUUGCCGAGAUCUUUUCGCUUCCCUUUCACGAACUCAUGUACCGAUCGGCCACGGUUCAUCGCAUGUACUGGGAUCCGUCCGAAGUCCAACAGUGCACUCUGCUCUCCAUCAAGACGGGCGGAUGUACCGAGGAUUGCUCUUACUGUUCGCAAUCGACACGUCACAAGACGUUUGUCAAACCGACUCCUACCAUGAAAGUCCAAGAAGUACUGGAAGCGGCCGCUCGUGCCAAAGAGGCCGGAUCCACUCGAUUCUGUAUGGGUGCUGCCUGGCGUGAACUGGGAAACAAGAAGAAUGCCUUUAAUCAUAUUCUCGAAAUGGUACGAGGUGUCAACGGCAUGGGCCUCGAAGUCUGCUGCACGCUCGGCAUGUUGAAUGCCGAACAAGCACGACAACUCAAGGAAGCCGGACUUUCGGCGUACAAUCACAACCUAGACACCAGUCCCGAACAUUAUCCCAAUGUCAUCACCACAAGAUCCUAUCAAGAUCGAUUGGAUACCAUUGCCAAUGUACGCGAUGCUGGGAUCAGUGUCUGCUGUGGAGGGAUUCUUGGAUUGGGAGAAGAAGAGUCGGACAGGGUCGGAUUGCUCCAUGUGUUGGCCACUCUACCGGAACAUCCCGAAUCGGUGCCCAUCAAUGCCUUGGUGGCGGUAGAAGGAACUCCUCUGGGAGAAAGUGGAGAUAUUGACCGCGUCGAUGCCUUUGAUAUGGCACGAGUGAUUGCCACGGCGAGGAUCGUCAUGCCCCGCACCAUGGUCCGAUUGUCGGCGGGACGGUUGUCCUUUAGUGAUGCCGAACAAUAUCUCAUGUUCCAGGCAGGAGCCAAUUCCAUCUUUAAUGGAGACAAACUCUUGACCACCUCCAAUCCGGAAUUUGAUGAGGAUCAAGCCUUGUUUGCCAAGCUAGGAUUCUCCGGGAAACCGGCACACAAGGGACCUCUGGUUGCACCCGCGGAAGCACAAGGAGAAGUGGAAAUCACACACGUGUCUGGCAGCAGUGAACAACGUGCUCCUCAGUUUGCUUGA